AUGGCGCAGGACCGCGGCAAACGCCAGCGUGACCCCAGUGGAAACCACCAUCCCCCAAGCAAGAUGCUUACCACGCAGCACAGCUCCAUCCAUCGGUUUCGGAAAGGUCUCCGGCUACGUGACAACCCGGCGCUGCUGGCAGUAGCCACCAUUUGCCGCCGCCUUCAUCCCCUCUUCAUCCUCGAGCCCUCCAGCAGCCAUCCCUCGGGAGUUCUCAUUUUGAACAACAGCAAAGCCCCCCUGAGCUACGAGUGCCUGCAGAGCCUCCUGACAUCCCUCGGACCCCCAGCGCUCACACGGGAGCAUCUCCGGGAGUGCCACACGCCAUGCCAGGCCAGCCACGACACAGACUACAGCGUCCCCACCUUGGAGGAGCUGGGCCAGGACCUCAAUGAGGUGGGUCCUCAACUCUACCCGUGCAGGGAGACAGCAGCGCCCGCCCGGCUCAACGCCUUCAUGGAGAGGACACCUGUCUCCCUGCACAGGCAGCUCCUCUGGAGGGAGUUUUUCUACACCGCCAGUGCCAGCAUCCCCAGUUUCAACGGGAUGAUCGGCAACCCUGGAAGCCUGCAGGUCAAAGGAGGGCCCAGCACCCCACACCAGGGCCGGACAGGCUACCCCUUCAUCGACGCCAUCACCAAGGGCUGGAUCCACCACCUCGCUCGGCACGCCAUCGCCUGCUUCCUCAGCCGUGGGGACCUCUGCAUCUCCUGGGAAGCAGGGCUGAAGGUCUCUGAGGAGCUCCUGCUAGACACAGACUGGUCCCUCAAUGCUGACAACUGGCUGUGGCUGUCGGGCAGUGCCUUCUUCCACUGAUAUUUCCACGUCUACUCACCCAUUGCCUUUGGCAAGAAGAUGGACUGGGACAGGGCUUACAUUCAAAAAUACCUCCCCCCCCUCAAGGAUUUCCCCACUGAGUACAUCUACGAGGCCUGGAGGGCACCACGGGCUGUACAGGAGCAGCAGGCUGCCUGGUGGGCACCACCACCCCCAGCCCACCCCACACUACCCCCUGUGGAGCACAGGGCAGCAAGCAAGAGGAACCCAGGGAGCAUGAAGGCAGCCCACACCUGGGAAGGCACCGAGCAGGAGCCACUGGCCGGCCCCUCCAUGGCCAAAUCACAAACGAAAAAGCCCAAAAUCGAGCAGGGCUGA